AUGUCGUUAACGACCGCAGCCCCUCUUUUGGCUCUUUUGAAGGAGAAAGAUGAUUCCGUCAAGUCUUACGCUCUAGAAUCCAUAAAUGGUAUAGUGGACCAGGACUGGCCAGAACUGUCAAAUGAUUUGCCCGAUAUCGAGGCCCUAUAUGACGACUUGUCUUUUCCGGACCGCAGGAUGGCAGCGUUAGUCGCGUCGAAAGUUUACUACAAUCUGGGUGAGUACGAAACUGCUGUUAAAUUUGCAUUAGCUGCUGAAGAAUGCUUCAAUAUCGAGGAAAAGAGCCAAUUUGUGGAGACUAUCGUUUCGAAGAGUAUUGAAAUGUACAUCGCUGCAUCUACCGCAAGAUAUCUCGGAAAGGCAACGGAGGAAAUAAGCCCCAAACUGACCCAAAUCUUUGAGAAAAUGUUGGACAAAUGUGUUGCGAGCGCUGAACUCAAGCUGGCACUGGGUAUUGCCUUGGAGGGCUACAGAUUGGAUAUUGCCACAAAAAUUUUAAAUGAGGUACUGGAUGAGGGCAAGGAAAACGGCGGGUUGAAACUGAUCAACUAUGUCUUAACAGCGGCUUCUACUACUGUUGUCAACUCUACAUUCCGGGUGGAGAUCUUAAAAGAGCUUUUCAGCAUCCUAAUUUCCAUGCAGGAUACUGACUACUCUACCGCAUCAAAGGUAGUUGCAAACCUAAAUGAUGGCCAAUACGCCAUAAAACUAUUCCAGAAGUUGAAGAGCGAUAAGAAGACGGAGCUUUUGUACCAGAUAUCGUUUGACUUGGUUAACUCUGCAUCCCAGUCCCUUCUGCACACUCUACGCAAUGAACUUAUGAAGGAAGAUUACGAUUCAAAAGUAUUAGAGAUUUUAUCGGGUAUUCCAACAAGUGAUUUCCAAAACACUUUUUUGUAUAACAACAAAAACAUAGACAUUGGCCUACUGAACAAGACAAAGGGGUCAAUGGAUGGUAAAUUCUCUCUAUUCCAUACGGCAGUGAGUGUUGCAAACGGGUUCAUGCACGCAGGUACCACCGAUAACUCGUUUAUCAAAGCUAAUCUGUCGUGGUUAGGGAAAGCCCAAAACUGGGCCAAGUUUACCGCAACUGCAUCCCUGGGUGUGAUUCACAAGGGCAACCUAGUGGACGGCCGCAGAGUGAUGGCUCCAUAUCUUCCUGGAAGCGGAGCAUCAUCUCGUUACAUCAAAGGUGGUUCCCUGUAUGGUUUGGGUCUAAUAUAUGCCGGCUUUGGUGACAGUAUUCUGGACUACUUAAAAACACAACUUACCGAGAAUAGUAGCAAGGCUGGGGACGAAGAUGCUAACGUUUUAUUACACGGGGCUUCAUUGGGUGUUGGUCUGGCUGCGAUGGGUACUGCGAAUGAAGAGGUCAAUGAAGUUUUAACCGAGGUUUUAUACACAGAUCUUGGCACCCCUGGUGAAGCAGCUGCAUUGGGACUUGGUUUGACUAACUUGGGGUCUGGAGACGAACAGAUUAUCGACAACAUGUAUUCCUUUGCUCUAGAGUCCAGUCACGGCAGUGUCACCAGAUCGUUGUCUGUUGGGUUGUCCUUGGUAAACUACAACAGACAAGAACAUGCGGAUGAUAUAAUAUCAAAGAUGCUAGAGAGCGAAGAACCAUCUGUGCGCUACGGUGGUGCAUUUACUAUAGCAAUGGCAUAUGUUGGCACGGGGAACAACAACGCGAUAAAAAAAUUGCUCCACAUUGCAGUAUCUGACUCGGACGAUGACGUUCGAAGGGCCGCUGCAACUUCUCUAGGGUUUGUUCUGCUACGUGAUUACACGACUGUUCCAAGAAUUGUAGAACUUUUAUCCAAGUCGCACAACCCACACGUGCGUUGUGGUACAGCUUUUGCAUUGGGUAUAGCGUGUGCUGGGAAAGCAUUGGAUGCUGCUGUUUCAGUUUUGGAACCACUAACGAAAGAUCCUGUUGACUUUGUCCGCCAAGCAGCUAUGAUUUCUCUGGCUUUGAUUAUGAUCCAGCAAACUGAGAAGUUGAACCCCAAGGUCGCCCAAAUUAACGAGAACUUUUUGAAUGUUGCUACUAACAAACACCAAGAAGGUCUAACCAAAUUUGGUGCGUGUGUCGCCCAAGGUAUCAUGAACGCUGGUGGCCGCAAUAUCACAGUUCAACUAGAAAACCCAGAGACUGGUACUUUGGACGUUAAAUCGGUCGUGGGCUUGCUAAUGUUCACCCAGUUCUGGUAUUGGUAUCCGUUGGCUCACUUCCUGUCUUUGUCUUUCACACCUACCGCUGUCGUUGCUGUGCGGGCAAGUGAUUUAGCGAUCCCAAAGUUCGAGUUGAAUUGUUUCUCUAAGGAGGAUACUUUCAGUUAUCCAAAAAUGUACGAGGUGGAGGAGAGUAAGCAAAUUGAAAAGGUGGCUGCUGCUGUUUUGUCCACUACGGCUAGGGCAAAGGCUAGGUCUAAGAAGACAAAGAAAGAUAAAGAAGAGAAGCCUGAGGAAGAGGUCGUCAAGAAGCACGAGGACAAGGAAACGGUGAAGCAUGAAGACCAGAAACCUGUAUCUUUGGAAGAAGAAUUCUCUAAGAACAGGUACUCUGCUGUGCCCUACAAAAUUCCUAACAUGACCCGUGUCCUACCUCAACAAUCAAAGUACGUUACGUUUGAUAAGGACAGCCGCUUUGUCCCGGUUCGCAAGUCAAAAAACGUGUCUGGCAUCAUCAUCGUCGUAGACACUAAACCUGCUGAACCGGUGCCAAUCGUUGAAACUGUAAGAGAGGCCAAAGACGUCAACGCUCCGCUGCCUACGCCAUUCAAAGUUGAAGAUGAAAUUGAUUUUGACCGGUUAUAG